AUGGCGACAGAAACCUUACAAUCCGUCGAAGACCUCAAGCUGCCCACAACCUUCCACAACAACCUCACCAUCCACUCGCGCUCCGGCACACACGAGCAGCUGUGGGCCCGCGUAAAAAUGAUCGGCGCCGGCGCCUUCGGCGACGUCUGGCUCGAGCAGAAGGUGCGCGCCGACCACACACCGGAGUUGUUGGGGGAGGCGGGCGCGGAGGCGGAGGUGGAGGUGGAGCGGGUGCCCGAUGUGGACCUGCGGGCGGUCAAGCGGAUACGCUAUACCGGCCAGAACCUGGACUGGUCCAGGGAGCUGAAGAUCUUGGCGCAGUUGAAGAACAACCCGUCAUUUGUAGACUUUCGAGGAUGGUAUGACGAUAGGAGUAACUAUGUCUACUUCGCAAUGGAAUACAUGCGCCAUGGCGACCUCAGCCAAUAUCUCAAAAAAGCCGGCCCCUCCGCUAGGCCACAAGCAAAAGCCAUUGUCUCCCAAGUACUAAAAGGCCUCAUAGCCCUCCACGACCAAAACAUCUGCCACCGGGACAUUAAAUCCAAGAACAUCCUAGUAGCUUAUACCAACCCCAUUACCGUCAAAAUCGCCAACUUUGGCCUCUCUAAACACGACCACAAUGCCACCUCCCUCCGCACCGCCUGCGGCACCUCCCAUUACAUCGCCCCUGAGCUGCAGGGCUUCAUACGCCCGUCACGCAACCGGCGCACCUACACCAAUCUCGUCGACAUCUGGUCGCUCGGUAUCCUGACACAUGAAAUCCUCACCACACAGCUUCCCUUUCUCCAGUGCGCCUCUCCCGACUCCGACUCUGAUUCAGACUCGGAGGACGAAGACCCCGAGUCAGGGAUCGAGAUGGACUCCCGCUUCGAGAACCAGGAGGAGACGGUGGAGUAUCCAGAGAUGGAUAUGGCGCUAUUUGCAAACUACUGCAGCGGCAAAUCCUCUUUCCCCCGAGGGCCGCUAGAGACGGCAGGGAUCAGUAGUGCGGGGAUCGCGUUUGUGGAGGCCGUGCUAGUUGCGAAUCCACGGUCACGGAUCUCUGCGGAGAAGGCUUUGGGGCAUGAGUGGUUGCAUGAUCCGAGGCUGGAGCCGUAUGGAGUCGCCAGAGAUGAAACGGCGGUGGCGGAGGUGUCGGAUUCAGAGGGUAGUGAUGUAGUCCGAGAGGAGGAAGAGGGGGAAGAGAGAGAUGGGAGGGAGAUGGAGGUGGUGCUGCAUAGGGGGAGUGAGAUGUUUAGAAAGAGGUAUGCGGCGAGGGAGAGGUUUAACAAGUUUGGGGUUAAUCGGACGGGGGUUAUGCAGCAGAGGUAUGCGAGAGAGAGGAGAUUUGUGGAUAUGUAG